UUUGGAUCAAGGACUUAUGUUGGUUCUAGGAUAUGUUUAGGCAUCAAAUGGAAACCAUUUUGAUGAUAAAAAGUUUCCUUCAUUAAAUUUGUACAGAAGAUAUUGUAUAUAAUGAUUAGAAAUGAGGCAACAAAAGAGUUGAUGAUCAGUUAAUAAUAAUGAGUGAAAGAUCUCAUAGUCUUGACAGUAAACUGAUGAACUAAGUGCUUAUUGUCAUGGCGGCCUGUGAUCACGAAUAUAUGUAAAAUUAAGAGGAUAGUAUCGUAUUUCCUUUUAUGAAGUUUUAUAGCUUUUUUUACUGCAAUUUGUCUAUUGGUAACAGCGAGUGGAGACAUUGUUCAAUUAGAAAGACCUAAAAUGACAAGAAGAAGGCCAGAAAGAACCUGAGUCUGCCUAGUACACAACAGAAGAUAUAGUCCUGGAUAGAAAUGAGCGGCAAAAACGCUCUUGAAUUGUUGACCUUAAGUUGAUGAGAAAUGAGGAGCUGUUGUCAUUAUCUUUCUAUUUUAUUUAAUUAUUCUUGUCAUUUGUUGCCAAUUCGUUAUAAAGCAGGUGCUUUUGACCCUAGAUCAAAAUUUGUUACAGAUGCCAAAACAACCAUUCUGCAACUUCAAAGGACUAAAGAAAGAAUUAAGAAGAUGUUUGAUAAGAUUGAUCUCUCUCUUUCUUCAUAUGACACUGCUUGGGUUGCUAUGGUCCCAUCUCCGGAUUCCCCUCAGGCCCCUUGUUUUCCACAAUGCAUAAAUUGGUUAUUGGAUAAUCAACUCCAUGAUGGUUCUUGGGGUCUUCCUCAAUGUCCUUCCUGGUUGGUUAAAGACGCUCUCUCCUGUAACUUAGCGUGUGUCCUUGCACUGAAGCGGUGGGGUAUUGGUGAAGAACAGAUGAACAAAGGCAUCCAAUUUAUUGUGUCAAAUUUUGCUUCAAUUAAUGAUGAGAAGCAACAUACUCCUAUUGGCUUUGAUAUAAUAUUUCCUGGAAUGAUUGAAUAUGCCAAAGAUUUGAAUUUGUACCUUCCUCUGAGAACAACAGAGAUUGAUGCCAUGCUUCAUACGAGACAUUCAGAGUUUAGAAGGUAAAUAAAAAGCUACUUGGAGGGAAGGAAAGAGUACUUGGCAUAUGUUUCAGAAGGAAUGGGGAAGUUGCAGGACUGGGAAAUGGUCAUGAAGUAUCAAAGAAAGAAUGGUUCAUUGUUUAGUUCACCAUCCACAACAGCUGCUGCUCUUUCUCACCUUCAGGAUGCCGGUUGCCUUCAUUAUCUCUGUUCAGUCUUAGAGAAGUUUGGAGAUGCAGUCCCCACAGUUUAUCCUUUUGACUUGUAUGCUCGUCUUUUUAUGGUUGAGAGUCUUGAAAGUUUGGGAAUUGGUCAACAUUUCAAGAAGGAAAUUAGAAGCGUGUUGGAUGAAACAUAUCAAUGCUGGGUGCAAGGGGAGGAAGAUAUACUUUUACAUCCUGUCACUUGUCCAUUGGCAUUCCAGCUGCUACGUGUUAAUGGUUAUGAUGUCUCUUCAGAUCCAUUAACAAAAUUCUCUGAAGAAGACCAGUUCUUCAAUUCACUGGGAGGAUAUUUGAAGGACACUAGUGCUGUCCUGGAAUUAUAUAAAGCUUCACAGAUAACCAUAGAUCCUGAUGAACUACUUCUGGAGAAACAAAAUUUAUGGACUCGUCAUUUUCUAGUGCAGGAAUUAUCAAGUGUAUCAAUUCAUUCAGAAGGAUUUGGUAAAAAUGUUAGCAAACAGGUAGAAUAUGCACUUAAGUUUACCUACCAUUCACAAUUGGAACGUUUAACACACAGGACAAAUAUAGAGCACUAUUCUGUUGAUGAUACAAGGAUAUUAAAAACUUCAUAUCGCCCUUUGAAUAUUGGCAACCAAUACUUCCAACAACUAGCAGUUAAUGAUUUCAAUAUCUGCCAAUCAAUCUACCGUGAAGAACUCAAACAGCUUGAGAGGUGGGUUGUGGAGAACAAAUUGGACCGGCUAAAAUUUGUGAGGCAGAAGAUGGCUUAUUGUUACUUCUCUGGGGUAGCUACCCUCUUCUCUCCUGAGUUAUCCGAAACCCGCUUAUAUUGGGCCAAAAGUAUUGUGCUUACAACUGUUGUUGAUGAUUUCUUUGAUGUUGGAAGUUCUAUUGAGGAGCUGGUAAACCUUGUACAAUUGGUUGAGAGGUGGAAUGUAGGAGAAGGAAUCAAUUGUUGUUCUGAAGAGGUGGAGAUUAUUUAUUCAGCAGUUUACAACACUAUUGGUGAGAUUGCAGAAAAAGCAUUUUCGCGGCAAGGGCAUGAUGUGACAAUUCACCUCACUGAAAUUGUGAGAUGA